AUGUCUUGGGACGGUUUUAAGAAAGCUAUCAACAGAGCAGGUAACUCUGUUAUAAUCAAAAAUGUCGAUAAAACUAUCGAUAAAGAAUACAAUAUUGAAGAAAGACGUUAUAGGGUAUUACAAAAAUCUGGUGAAAGUUUACAAAAAGAAUCUAAAGCUUAUUUAGAUUCUUUAAGACAAGUCACACAAUCACAAGUAACUAUUGCUGAAGUUAUUUCUUCCUUAUAUGAUGAUUCAAAAUUCGUAAGUGGUGGUGGCUAUAACGUGGGUAAUUAUUAUUUACAAUCUGUUCAAGACUUCGAUAGUGAAACUGUGAAACAAUUAGAUGGUCCAUUCAGAGAAACUAUUUUAGAUCCAAUUACGAAGUUUUCAAGUUAUUUUAAAGAAAUUGAUGAAGGUAUUAAAAAAAGAGAUCAUAAAAAACAAGAUUAUGAUGCUGCUAAAGCUAAAGUAAGGAGAUUAGUAGAUAAACCAGCUAAAGAUUCCUCAAAAUUACCAAGAGCUGAAAAAGAAUUACAAUUUGCCAAGGAUGUCUUUGACAAUUUGAAUGAUCAAUUAAAGGCUGAACUACCACAAUUAAUUGCACUAAGAGUGCCAUACUACGAUCCAAGUUUUGAAGCUUUGGUUAAAAUUCAAAUGAGAUUCUGUACUGACGGUUACAGUCGUUUGGCACAAGUUCAACAGUAUUUAGAUCAACAAUCAAGGGACGAUUAUGCUAAUGGUCAGUUAGAUGCUAAAAUUGAGGAUCUAUUACAUCAGAUGACUUCUUUGGAUAUUUGUGCAUUGGGAUUCAAAUAA